AUGCAGAUGCACUUCUCAGUGGUUCCGACUGGCCCACCACAGCAAGGAAAGAAGGGCUUGAUGGAGGCAGGCGCUUUCUCGGCCAUCUCGUCCUCGAUCUUCUUCUUGGCCUAUGGGUGUCAAGGAUGGAAGGGGUGCGACGCGACAAUCAGACCACUGCAAACGAGCAUGAGCCUGCUCCUUCAUAGCAUCACCCAUGCCACCCAACAUGCUUGCCAUCGCGCCGUAGAGGCUUCGGAAGGCUAG